UUUUCAUUUAAAUAUGAAAUAAAAUGAGUAGCAAAAUUCUUAAAAAAUAUUGCAUCUCUUUAACCUCCAUAUUCGUUAACUCCAAUUUAUUUACAGAUAUGUGAAAUCUAAAAGUCUCGAUACUAACAUAUUUUGGAAGAGUACUUAAUUUAAUGGGUUGACAGGACUAUUUAAUAAAUCGAAAACCAGAGUUUCUAAUAGUUAUCUAUGUUCCAUAAUAUAAUAAAUAAUGUAUUAUUUAAUUGAUCUUUUAAGAUCUAAAAAUCCUGUAAAAAAAUAAACAUCACUAAGUCAAUCAAAUAAAAUGCCUUUUACCCAUUUUCCUGUUACUUCACCUGACUAACCAAAAAAAGUGCCAAAUCCACUUGGUAUAUCAUCUAUAAACUCUCCUGCCCAUUUUUCUCCAUUU